AUGAGUUACGCCAAAAAGGACGAGGAUGCCGAGCACUCCGGCUUCAAGCUGGAUCGCACAUCUGUCUUCCAAGAUGCUCGGCUGUUCAACUCUUCGCCUAUAUCACCCCGAAAAUGCCGGACACUGCUCACCAAGAUCGCCGUCCUCCUCUUCACGGGAGAGAGAUUCCCGACAAACGAAGCAACUACUCUCUUCUUUGGCAUCUCAAAGUUGUUUCAGAACAAGGACCCCUCGCUACGUCAAAUGGUCUACUUGAUCCUGAAAGAGCUGGCACACACCGCUGAAGAUGUCAUCAUGUCUACGAGUAUCAUCAUGAAGGAUAUGACGGUGGGCAGCGAGAUCAUUUACAAGGCCAACGCCAUCCGGGCACUCUGCAGAAUCAUAGAUGCCACGACUGUUCAGGGCAUUGAGAGACUCAUCAAAACCGCCAUUGUCGAUAAAUCCCCCGCUGUGUCCUCGGCGGCGCUGGUCUCCUCGUAUCAUCUACUUCCAAUUGCCAGAGAUGUGGUCAGGAGGUGGCAGAGUGAGACACAGGAAGCCGCUUCCUCGUACAAACCCAGCGGAGGAUUUCUGAGCUUUGGGGGUAGCUCCCAGCAUUCCCUGGCCGCUUCAAACACGAAUUAUAUGAACCAAUACCACGCAAUUGGACUGCUAUAUCAGAUGCGGUCGCAUGACCGCAUGGCUCUGGUCAAGAUGGUGCAGCAAUACGGCGCAGCAGGAGCGGUCAAGAGUCCGGCCGGAGUCAUGAUGUUGGUCCGACUAGCGGCCCGCCUCGCGGAGGAGGAUCCCAGUCUCAGAAAACCCAUGAUGCAGAUGUUGGACACCUGGCUACGGCACAAGAGCGAGAUGGUCAACUUUGAAGCCGCAAAAGCCAUCUGCAAUAUGCCAGACGUGACCGAUGCCGAGGCUGCGCAAGCGAUCCACGUUCUGCAAUCCUACUUGACAUCCCCGAGAGCAGUGACGAAAUUCGCGGCCAUUCGUAUCCUUCACUCAUUUGCCUCCUUCAAACCCCAAGCCGUUCACUCCGCGAAUCCAGAUAUCGAAGCUCUAAUUUCCAACAGUAAUCGGUCGAUCGCCACUUUUGCAAUCACCACAUUAUUGAAGACGGGCAAUGAAGCGAGCGUUGACCGGCUCAUGAAGCAAAUAUCUGGUUUCAUGACCGAGAUUACAGACGAGUUCAAGAUCACCAUCGUCGAGGCUAUCCGAACGCUCUGCAUGAAGUUCCCCAGCAAACAGGCCGGCAUGCUCACCUUCUUGAGUGGUAUCCUGCGGGACGAAGGGGGUUAUGAAUUCAAACGUGCUGUGGUGGAGAGUAUGUUCGAUUUGAUCAAGUUUGUUCCGGGAAGCAAAGAGGAGACGCUCUCACACCUGUGCGAGUUCAUUGAAGAUUGCGAGUUCACCAAGCUUGCGGUGCGGAUUCUGCAUCUUAUCGGCGUGGAAGGACCCAAGACGCCGCAACCUACAAAAUAUAUCCGGUAUAUCUACAACCGAGUCGUGUUGGAGAAUGCAUUGGUCCGCGCCGCAGCAGUAACCGCCCUGGCAAAAUUUGGUGUCGGACAGAAGGACCCUGAGGUCAAAAAGAGUGUUGAGGUUCUAUUGACGAGAUGUCUUGACGACACGGAUGACGAGGUGCGUGAUAGAGCGGCGCUCAAUCUACGGUUAAUGCACGAAGAAGACGACAUUGCAGACCGUUUCAUCAAAAACGACUCGAUGUUCUCCCUGUCAACCUUUGAACACAAACUGGUCAUGUAUGUAACGUCCGACAACAAGUCAGUGUUUGCUAAGGCAUUCGAUAUCAAUUCGGUGCCAGUGGUGUCUCAUGAACAGGCGUUGGCUGAAGAGCGCACGAAGAAACUCAACACCGCAACCCCCACCUUGAAAGCACCAAGUACCGGACCAGCGAAGCCUAAGGUGAACGGAGCCGCAGACCCGGGAGCUGGUGUAGUCGCUGCACAGAAAUAUACGCAGAUCUUCUCGAGGAUACCCGAGCUUGCAGCCUAUGGCCCAGUGCUGAAAUCGAGUGCAGUGGUUGAACUCACAGAAAGCGAAACGGAGUACGUCGUGUCAGCUGUCAAGCAUGUCUUCAAAGAACAUGUCGUGGUACAGUACGACAUCAAAAAUACCCUCGAUCAGACUGUCCUGGAGAAUGUGACCGUCUUAGCUUCACCUUCCGACGAAGAGCCUACACUCGAGGAAGAAUUCAUUAUUCCCGCGACCGCCUUGAAAACUAACGAACCAGGCGUCGUGUACGUCGCGUUCCGCAAACUCGGUGGUGCAUCCGCCUUUCCAAUCACCACAUUUACGAACGUCCUCAGGUUUACGAGUAAAGAAAUUGAUCCCACCACGGGCGACGCCGAAGAAGGUGGCUAUGAAGAUGAAUAUGAAGUCGAGAAUCUGGAAUUGACCGGCGCGGAUUUCGUCAGUCCCGCAUUCGCGGGAAAUUUCGAUCACAUUUGGGAGGGCACAGGAGCGAACGGAGAGGAAGUUGGCGAGACACUGGUGUUGGGCAGUGUCAAGUCGUUGGCUGACGCCACAGAACAACUCUCGCAAGCCAUGUCUCUGCAACCCCUCGACGGCACCGACGUGGUUCUAUCCAACACAACCCACACCCUGAAGUUGUACGGCAAGUCUGUCUCUGGUGGGCGAGUGGCAGCCCUGGUGAAGAUGGUGUUUUCGGCGAAGACUGGUGUCACUGUCAAAGUUAGUAUAAGGACUGAUGAGACCGGAGGAGGCCUUGCGCAAGGCAUCAUUGGUGCGCUCUCCUAA